UAAUAUUAAUGAGCCUGAGCCAGGGCCUGCAGCCUAGAAAAACCCUAAAAAAAUAGUUAUUUACAGUAUUAGUACAUGGUGGAAGGAAAAUACAGUAUUAGUAGGCUAGGCCUAUAUGCUAACCCUGAACCCAAAACUUAAUUUCAAACAUUUAAAUCAUCAAAAAUUCGUCAGGUGAAGCACCUAACGACUAACGAGACACAAUGACUUCACUGAUCAGCCAACAGAUGUAUCCUCCGAGUCAUAAAACUAUUUUUGUUCUGGACCACACACCAUACUUUGGGAUUUCCAGUGAGGAUUUGUUGGAAUUUGAUUUUACCAAAGCAAGAGGUCCAGGUUUCAUACCUCUUGCUCCAAUCGUCAAGUCAUUAUGGACAUGCAUUGUAGAAGCGGCUCUAGAAUAUUGCAGGAUAGUUUGGGACAUUUUUCCACAGCAUAACAAGCUUGUGAGAUUCAUUGUCAGUGAUAGUCAAGCUCAUACCUUGAACUCGUGGAACAUCUCUCAACAGAGCACAACUCAUCUGUUGAAUGCUUUAUCAGUGGUGGGUGUGCCACCUAGAGCGUCGUCCGCUGAUUAUUCCAUAGUGCACGGCCUACAAGCUGCCAUUUCGGCUAUGUGUGAAUGCUCUGAUGCUCAGCACGAGAAACGAACGGCUCUCACAGAGAAUGCUACUAAGGUGUUGAAUCGCUGCCGAGUUAUCUGCUUGACCUCUGCUAGAGAUAACGCUUCUAUCAAAAGUAUGGAAGAGAUUUUUCAAAAUGAGUUGGUCCAGGCAAACAAACUGGCUGCUGCGUCAGACCAUCUUAUUCCAAUCCACCACUGCCACCUGGUUAUCAUCAACGUUUAUCCCAACAAUCUAGACGUCGUUGCAGUCACACCACAUCCACCGCUUAAUGUAUCAAAUCUGCUAAGUACAGAGGUUCACUGUGCCAAGGCAGCUGGCCAAGUAGCGUCCAAGUUGUCACAUCUGAUCCUCUCCCAUUACGACUUGGCCUCCACCACCGUCACUGGUAUUCCGAUGAAAGAGGAGCAGAACGCCAGCAGUAGCGCCAACUACGAUGUGGAAAUAUUCCAUGCCUCUCAUGCUCAUACUACUUUACUCGGCAAUGCGGCAGACACGGCCAUUGUGAAGACGAUGAAGGAAGGCUCAGAUUACGAGACGGUGACACUCAAGUGGUGCACACCACGCGGCAUGUCUCCCACCGAGGUACACAACUGUACGUCCAUGUUCAGGAUAACUCCCGUCGACGUUAACAGUCGUCCGUCAUCGUGUCUCAUCAACUUCCUUCUGAACGGUCGGUCGGUCAUGUUGGAGAUGGUGAGACGAGGCGGAGGCAAGGUGAUGAGUCAUCUGCUGGCGGCUCACGGAGGAGAAAUAUUCAUCCACAGUUUGGGCACUGGUCGAAGCAUACUGGAGGACCCGCCCAGUAUCAGCGAGGGCUGCGGUGGCCGUGUUACUGAUUACAGAAUAACAGAUUUUGGCAUUUUUAUGCAACAAAACAAGCUCAUACCUGUAAAGAAAAAAGACAAAGGAUCGGCCAUGUCUCCCAACGCUAUGGUGAAAUCACGGCUGGAAAAUUUGACAAAGUUCUGGCCCAUUACAAUAUCAUCAACAUGUAUUUUCAAUUUCAAACAGUACACAGAGCCCCUACUGAGCCUGAUGGUAAAAGAUACAUUGACAGAGGAAGAGGUGGUGCAGUGCAAGCAAGGUAUCUACUCUCUUAUUGGACUGGAGGCCAAACACGAACCACUGCAAGCACCUACUGUAGGGCAGCGCGGCAAGGGGCCUAAACGGGAGGAGCAGUAUCGUCAGAUGUGGGCUGAGCUAGAGACGUUCCUCAGAGCGUACACACAGACGGAGCAGCACACACGGGUACUGCAAUGUCUGCUGGAGUGUCGUAACAAAGAAGACGACAAAGUGAAAGUGGAGAAAGUGGAACUGGACACAGUGCUGCGUGAGUUAGAUCAAUUCAGCAAAGACUCUUCCUCGUCAAGGUCAGGCACUCCCACUCCUAUGGAAAUUACACACAGAGCGAGUGUUAUAAGAGCGACGACAGACUCGCCGAUGUCUCCGCCUCUACAGACGACCCGGCCUAGACACAUCCCUCGGUCUCUGUUGGAUAUGUGGAUAGCUCGGAACACCAAGCCCAAACGAGCACAGUUCUACGGACAGCUGACUGCUGAGCCGUACGGGCGAGGGUCGAGGGCAAGACUUUAUUUGAACAUGAAGCCCGAUCCAAAUGCUCCUGGUGUGGACAAGAUGGCUGUUAGUUCCUAAAUGUGUAAAUAUUUUGUACAUAAAAGUUUAUAUAAAA